AGGAAAGAGCAAACGCACCUGUAUGGGCUUAAGACAGGCGUCCCACCCCUCUAAACCUUCUCAAAUGGCCAUGAUGCGAAGGUUGUAUGAGGUGGCCCUGGUGGCCCUGCUAAUUACAUCUCUCCUCAACACUGAAUCAACAUGGGCUAAAAAAGGCAGCAGCAGCAGCAGCAGCAGCAAGAAAUCCUCAUCUUCCAGCAACAGGGGCUCGUCCUCAUCCUCCUCAUCGUCAUCAUCAUCUUCAAAACAGAAACCCUCGAAAACAACUAACACUCAGUCAGGAAACUACCCCAGACAGCCCAGCAGUAACCCCAAUCCAUAUCCUGCUGGUGGAAGCUAUCCUUAUCCAGGAAGAGGCAACACCAAUCCUGGAGGAUAUCCCAACCAGAACCCAGCAGGUGGAUACCCUGCAGCCGGAAGUUACCCCAACCAGUACCCAGGCAGAGCCAAUCCUGGAGGAUAUCCCAACCAGAACCCAGCAGGUGGAUACCCUGCAGCCGGAAGUUACCCUGGAGCUGGCAGUUACCCCAACCAGUACCCAGGCAGAGCCAAUCCUGGAGGCUAUCCUAACCAGAACCCUGCAGGUGGGUAUCCAGGUGCAGGUGGGUAUCCCAACCAAAAUCCAGGCAGAGGAAAUUAUCCAAAUCAGUACCCAGCUGCUGGAGGCUACCCGGCAGCAGGUGGCUAUCCUAACCAGUAUCCAGGCAGAGCUGGUAGCUACCCAGGAGGAUAUCCAAAUCAGUACCCAGGAGCAGGUGGCUAUCCUAACCAAUAUCCAGGCAGGGGAGGCAUCAGCCCAGGUGGAUACCCCCACCAGUACCCAGCAGCAGGUGGCUACCCAGUCAGAGGAGGAAGUGCUGGACAGGGCUGGGGUCAGGCCGGCACAUAUCCAGGGGGUUACCCUGGUGGAGGGAUGGCAGGAUAUCCCAACUGGAACCCAAAUAAUAAGAUUCUCAGUCCCCGCUAUGGUGGAGGAGGUUAUGGAUAUGGUGGUUACGGGAUGGGAGGGUCUCCUUUCUCACGUUCUGUUCAGAAUAUGGGGUACAGUCCCUCUAUUAAGUCCAAGGGUUUUGCCAAAAAAGCCCUUGUGGCCGCCGGUGUCGGGGCUGUGGCAGGUAUGGCAAUAGGUUAUGGACUAGGGCGCUUUCCUCGACCACAUUUCAGCUUCCGCAACCCCGAAGAAGAGUAUUAUUACAAUAACUACAUGUACCGCCGUUACGGUUCCCAGUCCACUGAUGAAAAUGACUUUGGCCGUGAUUACACCUACAAACCUCCACCUCGUGCACAGUCCUAUGACAACUUCAUGGGUGGCUGUAUGAACAGGACGGAUCUCUUAAAGGAUCAAGGCACCGGUUCUCGAGUAGUACUGACACCAGCUCCUAACGGGCAGGCUGGAGGCGGCAGGGAGGAUGACGACACUGUAAGCAUUGAAGAAAUUGGCUACCCAGCCCUAAUAGAGCAAAUGAAGGCGCGGCUCUGUGUUGAGCACUACAUGAACUACUCUGAGCGUUUCCUGCAGAGACAGUCGUCAGAGCAGCAGUACCCGCAUAACCGGAGCAACCCUCUCAGCUACAUGCUGGUGCAGCUUUUCACCUCCCUCCUCAUGCUCCUGAGCAGCAUGAUCCUGCUCCAGUGAGAGCAACAUUUACCUUUAACAACAUCCCAGACAGUUUUACAUUUUAGCGCCAUCCAUUACUUUGCACUCAUAUAGCCUAUUGCUAAUCUAUAAAGUCUACUUACAAUGAACCAUAACAUCAUCUUUAUUCUUUUGACUAUACUCACUUAUGUGAAAACAGGCAGACACCAGGGAAAGAAACAUCCAUAUAAUAGAAUACCUAAAGAUAUUACUUUUAAUGCACAUGAAUUUGUUUAAAACUUAACUGUCAGCUCAUUUUUGUGUUUACACGUCACACUAAUUAUUUCUUAAUUUUGUUAGAAUUUAAUUUUGCACCUUUUGCACUUUUUAAAAUCCAUGUGGCACGAUUUGAGCAUUGAAAACAGAUUCAUGCUAAUGCAUGGUGUUUAUGUAGUUUUUUGUUAAUGCUUCAAAACUUUCAAACUCUUGUCUCUGUAAAAUAAUAUGUAGUGACAUUGAGAAUCUUAUGUAUUUUACAGAAAGCUGUUUAUAACGUGGCCAGAUGAAUAUCUUGACAUUGAUUCAAUAA